AGCCGCCGCAGCAGCAGCAGCCGCCGCCCCAGGCCCCCCCCAUGGAGCCCGAGGCCCCGGAUUCCCGCAAAAGGCCCCUCGAAACGCCCCCCGAGGUGGUCUGCACCAAGCGCAGCAACACGGGAGAGGAAGGCGAAUACUUCCUGAAGGUGCUGAUCCCCAGCUACGCGGCGGGCUCCAUCAUUGGCAAGGGCGGGCAGACCAUCGUGCAGCUGCAGAAGGAGACGGGAGCUACCAUCAAGCUCUCCAAGUCCAAAGACUUCUAUCCGGGAACCACAGAGCGAGUAUGCCUGGUACAGGGCACAGCAGAGGCCUUGAAUGCUGUGCACAGCUUUAUUGCCGAGAAGGUCCGAGAAAUCCCACAAGCGAUGACCAAGCCCGAGGUGGUCAAUAUCCUUCAACCCCAAACCACAAUGAAUCCUGACAGAGCCAAGCAGGCCAAGCUGAUCGUCCCCAACAGCACGGCGGGCCUCAUCAUCGGCAAGGGGGGCGCGACAGUGAAAGCCGUGAUGGAACAGUCGGGUGCUUGGGUGCAGCUGUCCCAGAAGCCGGAGGGCAUCAACCUGCAGGAGCGCGUGGUGACGGUCAGCGGCGAACCGGAGCAGGUGCACAAGGCCGUGAGCGCCAUCGUGCAGAAGGUACAGGAAGAUCCCCAGAGCAGCAGCUGCCUGAAUAUCAGCUACGCCAACGUGGCUGGCCCUGUGGCCAACUCCAACCCCACCGGCUCGCCAUACGCCAGCCCCGCUGAUGUGCUGCCCGCCGCUGCCGCCGCCUCGGCCGCUGCCGCCUCUGGCCUGCUGGGCCCGGCGGGGUUGGCGGGCGUGGGAGCCUUUCCUGCCGCCCUGCCUGCCUUCUCGGGCACCGACCUGCUGGCCAUCAGCACGGCGCUUAACACGCUGGCCAGUUACGGCUACAACACCAACUCCCUCGGCCUGGGCCUCAACUCGGCCGCAGCCUCUGGGGUCCUGGCCGCCGUGGCCGCUGGUGCCAACCCUGCCGCCGCCGCCGCUGCCAAUCUCCUGGCAUCCUACGCCGGGGAAGCAGGGGCCGGGCCAGCGGGCGGAGCUGCUCCCCCCCCACCCCCGCCACCUGGAGCCCUGGGGUCCUUCGCCUUGGCCGCGGCCGCCAACGGCUACCUCGGGGCCGGGGCGGGCGGCGGGGCGGGCGGAGGGGGUGGCCCGCUGGUGGCCGCCGCAGCCGCAGCGGGGGCGGCUGGGGGCUUCCUGACGGCGGAGAAGUUGGCGGCUGAGAGCGCCAAGGAGCUGGUGGAGAUUGCGGUGCCUGAGAACCUGGUGGGGGCCAUCCUGGGCAAGGGGGGCAAGACGUUGGUGGAGUACCAGGAGCUGACAGGCGCCCGCAUCCAGAUCUCCAAGAAGGGAGAGUUCCUGCCAGGCACGCGGAACCGGCGGGUCACCAUCACGGGCAGCCCCGCGGCCACGCAAGCCGCUCAAUACCUCAUCAGCCAGCGGGUCACCUACGAGCAGGGAGUGAGGGCCUCAAACCCCCAGAAAGUGGGAUGAGGCCUGUGGUGUGUGCUCCCACCCGGCUCCCUGUCCCUCCUUUUCCUCCUCCUCCCCCUCCUCCCCCUCCCCCUCCCCUGCCCCCCAACUCCCGACCUCAGCUCGGUAGAGUCCUGCUCCUCUUGGGAUGGGGCUGGGGUAGGCCUGACUGCACCCCCCCCUUUCUGGUAGUCAUAGGCAGGAUUGAGUGAUGGCUGGGGAUGGGGCCCAGAAGCUCCCUCCCCAGCCCUGAACUGACCCCUUCUUCCUUCCUCCCUAUGCUUGACUGGGCCUGACCCUCCUCUCCCAGGGCCCAGGUCUGUGUGAUAUCUGUAUAUAUUGCAUUUUGUUGAUUUUAAUAGAAAACAAAGCGUUAUUUUCUCUUUCUUUCCCUCCUUUUUUUCCCCUCCUUUGAUAAGGAUUCCCCGCCCCCUUUAUAAGUUUUUGUUUCCGUAUGGGAGGAGGGGAGGGAGCCUCUGGGUCACCUAGAAAGAGGGGCUACCCCAGAACGACACCCCGCCUCUCCUGCUUUCAGCUCCGGAUCUGAGGGACCUGAUGGGAGCAGAGGUAGGAGUCUGAGUUGAAGUGGGGCAUUUGGAGCAGGGACCCCAGAGUUCCCAGAUUU